AUGAAGGCCAAACUGUUGAUUGUGUUAAUGUCAGCUGCAAAUUUACUUGCUUUAACACGCGCUGUGGUUCAAAAGGUAACUAACUGAUUCGAAUUCAUGUAAAUUAACUUUGUUUUUGUCUGUUUUGACUAAUUUUCCCUUCUCUGUAAGUCAUGCUUAUAUGCGUGGUUAUUAUUACUAUUACCCACUCCUCCCAUGUCCGCCUUACUUUUAAUUCACUAGUUUUUUUUCUUUUUCCCUCCUUUACUUUAUUUAGCUGUGUUUGUACUUGUUCUGUUACUUUCAAGAAUUUGCUUUAUUAAUGGUUCUUUAAAUUAUAGUGGUUAAUUCUAGUUACUGUGUACGUAAAUAUUUAUAGGAACUAGGGACCAACAAGAAAGCAUUAGUUUACUUGGCCUUUAGAUACCAUUUGUUUACAAAUACAAAUUAAGUCUCGCGUUACAGCUGACGUGUUCAUAAAUAAGCUUAAAACUAAAUUAAACUGUAUAGUUUCAAAUACAGAAAGAUGUGCAACUCCUUAGAAGAAAUGUCCCCGGAAGAGCUAUACCUUCAAGAGUUUUAUUCGUUGACAAGAAAACGUGACGGCCGUUCGUUCAUUUGCGCGCCAAAAUUGUAAUCUUUGGCAGCAAUAAAGGAGUCAAUAAUCAUCAUUUUUGUGCUCAAUUAUCUCAGUUUUAGUGUAUACUAAAUUCGCGGCAAGGUAAAAAUCCCUCACUAGCCACCUCCACUUCAGUGAAUAAUUGCUAUAUAUUGUUACACGUUUUAAGGGCUGCCCAGGCAUAAACGGAGUUCCUGGCAUCCCAGGAAAUCCUGGGUUACCAGGUCCUUACGGUCGUCACGGGGCUAAGGGAGAAAGAGGAAAGACUGGACCCCAAGGACAAAAAGGAGAUCAAGGACAACAAGGAUCGAAGGGCGAGACCGGUCCAGAGGGUCAUUCCAAUUGGAAACAGUGUGUUUCGAAAUUGUCCCGCCGCGAAGACAACGGGCUACUAAAGGUAAGAUUUACAAAUAACUUUUAAUGAAUUGUGUGCGCCAAACAUGGCUUGCCGAGGCCCUCUGCAGGCUUGCAAGAUGAAGCAAUUUUAUCCUUCGAUGUGAUUUGCCUUCUUAGAGGGCAAAAUGACACUGACUUGCGUGCUUCGUUCCCGCAUAAAAGAAACAAAAAUAACUGAAGCCAGUUGAUAAAUCCAGUCUUGAACAAGCUUGCUGAGAAAAUGACCUCGUUCUUUUUUACAGGAAAACGGCCAUCUUGACUACGUGCAAAGAAAAUAACAUGUUGAUUUGCUGGAAAGAAAGGUGUUUAAGGGGAAGAGAAGCGGUGGGGAUUUUGACGACUGAAAAAUAUUUUCAGCAACGAGUAGACUAUUUUCUCGACAUAUAGAGUCAAAGCUCUCGGAAGCGACCACUUCAGAAAUGCAUAAAAGUUGUCGCAAUUAGAGUUGGUCGUUUACGAGAAUGGGCUGUCAAUCGUCAAAAUACCUACCCAUUUGAACUAGCCUUGCAAAUUGUGUUUAUGCAUUUCCUUACGAAAGGAGACCGGGAUUUAAAAAAAGAAACAAUUAAAAGUUUUCUUUCAUUUGCAAUGUAUAGGAAUGUGUCUUCCGCAAGGAGCAGAGUUCCUCCCUGCGGGUGUUUUUCUCAGGCGCUCUUCGCAUCCUUAACUGCGUUCGUUGCUGCAAACGCUGGUUUUUUACUUUCAAUGGUGCUGAGUGCAGUGGACCGAUGCCCAUUGAUGGAAUCGUUUACAUGCAAGGGCUGAGAGCACUGCAACCCCUUCGUGUGCGCCAUAUUGAAGGCUACUGCGAAAACAUCCCCAGGGGAGAGGUGCGAGUGGGAUUCAACGUUGGCAACUGUGCAGGGUACGGUAAUGUAGACGCUCAUUCCGGUUGGAACUCAGUGUCCCGGAUUGUGGUGGAAGAAGUACCAGCUCCACAGAAGUAA